AUGCCUGGUCCCGACGUCUCAUCGGUCGACCAGAGAGCCUCGCCCGUGGCCACGCGACAACUGAACCCGCCGAGCAGCCUCUCGCCAAUCGACCCAGCCCACCCCGACGAUUCGACGUUUGGAGAAGCCCAAGGAGAUGGAACUCUAGAGGCAUCAAGUGAAUCAUUGACUGGAGAGGGGCACCGCGCAAUGGAUGCAGGUGACAACGCAACGCAGAACUCCCCCCUGUCGAGUGAAGCGCCCACGAAAGAUAUGGCUACGUUGAGCGACAGUGGACUCGGUAGGGGAGGUGUUUUCCUUGAUAGAAUCCAUUAUGCUGGUGCUACAGCGCGGGUUGAGUCCCCAACCCAAACAGCAUCACAGAAACAGCUGAAUGAAUACCGAGAGAAGCUUGCACGGGACCUGGAACGGAGGGAGCUGUCUGCUCGGGGGCUUCUACUGAGUCCUGUGGAAAAGGCUCGGGUUUCGCCGAUACAAGAGGAACUGGCAAUGAGCUUGCCACAGCUUACGUCCAGCACGAUCGCCACGGCAUCGACCGAAUCCAACAAUACUAUUCGAGGCGGUAUGACACCGGCCAUGACUGCGAGCACGCCUUCGUAUCCCUUCCCUAGGAUGGCAGGAGGGGCGUUUAAUCUGUACAAGUCUUUCAAUACUCCUUCGCCCGGAGCACCCUUUCGACCCUCGUAUACACCCAACUUUGAUCCAUCGAUGGGAGCACACGAUCGCGUCUUGUCCAAUACAUCCACACCGGCAUCGACUUACACAUUCCAUCCUUCAGGCUCCCAGCAGAAGACCGAAGAUAUGGAUUUUCCCAGCCCAAAUCUUUACGACCUUUCCUUGAUGCUCUCGGCUGAACCCGGUCUUGACGCUUGGUGGAACACUGUCGUCCAAAUCAUGAGAGAUGUUUAUAAGGCUGAAAGGGUAACACUGGCAGUUCCUGCUGACUCAACUGACAUCGAAAAUGUCCCAUGGGGCCAGAAAGCUACAUACAACGAACAUCAAGAAGACGACCUGAGUCUCGGGUACAUGGCAAGGGGUAGUAGUGCUGUGCAAAGCACUGGGUUUGAUAUUCAAGAUCCCAGUACUGGGCGCGAGGAACAGCCUAACACAGCUGCUCCCCGCCGCCCCGACUUUCGAUCCCGCCACUCUUUCACCAGCUUUGAAGAGAGUAAGGAAAACUCUCCAGAGAGACCAACAGGGCCCUCACAGCGCCCCUCGGUGCAUCGCAGCAAAAGUUACCUGAGCCGUAGUGAUAUCCCCCCCAAGGAGCUAGGCAAGGAUACAAAGCUGAACAAGCACGCUCUUCACGAGCACGAUCGUUUAGAGGAGCAGAGAGAACUUCCUUCUUGGGAGGCUCCUUUCAUGGCUCAAAACGGGAACGGGGGGAGGGUGUUACCUGUAUUACAGGCGUUAGACUACGAAGCCGAUCCACUUAUCGACCACAGCGGCGUGAUGCGAGUCUUGGAACGCGGCAAGGUUGUGGCACUGACGAGAACAUAUCCAUAUCUUGAGAUGAACCCACCCCCCGAUGCGAACCCAAAACCCCAGCUUGGCCAAGACCCAUCCAAGAAAUACACAAAACAGAGGUCGUCGGACUCUGCAGCCAAGCUCACAUCCAUGUUGGGGCAGUCUAGUAGCAGCCGUGGCCCCGGACGACCGAGGAUGACACCGGGGGACAAGUUCAAGGGAGUAUCUGCUCGCUUUGAUAACGAGGAAGUCCCAAGGCCAAGGACCCCAAAAUACGAAGAGUUUGAACAAGCUCCCCCUUCUCCUUGGUCCCAAUCCCCUGCACCAUCCCCGGCUGUUCGCCCCGACCCCCCAGAGAAUCCCUUCUUUACGGACGCUACAGUCGAUGAAGAUUCCUUUAAUCCCGGAACAACUCCUCAAGACUAUUCAGGCCUUCCUCCACCGGAAGCAAUUGGGGUCGAUAAUUCAUGGACCGUUUUACACAUCCCACUCACUCAUGUGCUCCUGUCACAGUCCCCACGCCCGUUCAAGCUCAAUAGUGCUGCUAUAGAACAACGAUCUCAUGAUAGUCCAAAGGAUGAUACGGACGUCAAUAGCAAAGAUCCCACAGGCUUAUCCUCCGAUAGCCACCACAAGAACCGUACAGCACCGAUUGCUAUUUUGUCGAUUCUGAGUCCGAUAAUACCCUAUCCCUCCAAUCUACGACAUUCCCUUCAACAUCUGGCCCCUCACAUGGCCAAUUCGUUUUCCCUCUGCCGUCACUAUAGUAACUUGGAGACAGAAAUGACUGGUUUGCAUCGAAGACGACCAUCGACAGCUGGGUUUGGUGCCGUUGCUCCCGACGGCCGGCCGUUGACAAGCAAUGUAUUCUUGGCGGGAGAUCUCGCUCGACAGGUGUCAGUUCCGGGUAGUAUGACUAGCCCCAGUGACUAUUCCGCCGUCUCGAAGAGUAUCACUGGAUCGCCUGCUGGUACCCCUGGCUGGGAUUCCAGCUCUUUGAGCUUUUUGGCCGAUAAGCGCCCACCGGUAGCCAGCCCUGUUGCAACAUCCCUUGGAGGCGAGAGUUAUUUUGGCAGCAUACAGCAGAUCACCUCCUCCCGCCAGGAGAUUUUGAGCUCUGGUGUCUAUGGCAAGGGCUCUUCAAAAGAUACCUCACCCAGCGAGAAACGACAAUCCCGCACACUGACAACAAAGCCACUGCAGGAUCUGUUAGACAGUGCCGAUUCACUUGACAGGGCGGGAUCAGACCCUGAUCCUGUGCCUGUGACAGAAGGAAAUGAUGCGGCCAUAAAAGAGAAUCAACUGGAUGGAAUAACAAUUUCGUCGGAGCUUCCUGCUGUUGAGCAGAAGUCGGGUUCUAAUAUACCUCACAGCCACACCAUGCUUCACAGCUAUGGCGCCGAUUUCGCCUCAACUUUCCAAUCGUUACCUCCUAGCUCUAGCUUGUUAAGCAAGCCCCCUCCAACAGUGUCUGCGCCUCCCAGGGGCAUGUCAUAUACUUCGGCGGUCGUGGAUAUGCCGCCCCCAUCGGAUCGAUUGAAGGGGCUCAUGUUAGACUCCCUCCCAGCCCAUGUCUUUGUAGCCCUCCCCCAAACCGGUGAAAUUGUGUGGGUAAACAGCCGCUACCUAUCCUAUCGAGGACAGACGGUUGCAGACCUGGCAGAAGAUCCAUGGAGCAGUAUUCAUCCUGACGAUUGUGAGGAAUACCUGAGGGCUUGGAGCCAUUCACUCCGGACCGGAGAACAAUUCUCGAGGACGGUGAGAAUCAAGCGCUUCGAUGGGACUUAUCGAUGGUUCUAUGCUAGAGCCGUUGCAUCCAAAGACAAGAGGGGUGUCAUAAUGCAAUUCUUGGGUUCGUAUAUGGACAUCCAUGAUCAGCAUAUUGCUGAAUUGAAGGCUGCUCGCCAAGAGGAGAUCGAGGCUUCAGAAGCCAAGCAUCGCCUUCUCGCCAAUCUGAUACCGCAAAUAAUAUUUACUGCUACCGAAGAGGAUGGAAUCACUUUUGCCAACGAGCAGUGGCUUUCAUACACAGGUCAAAGCUUCGACGACUCCUUAGGCCUAGGGUUUCUGGAUUUCGUGCAUCCAGAGGAUCUUGCCAAGUGCCGUAUUCCGACAGACACGCCUCCGACUCCCGUUAGGAACCGCCAUGAAGGGAGAAAGGAGUCAAGCAAAGUCCCUCUGUCUCCUGACGCCCCGUCAUCCAAGACUGUUCAGCCAUCAAAAGGUGGGGGGCACUCCAAGGCACAAGACUCCACAGACAUAAAUUUGAGGGGCGUUCACAAGGCACUCUCGCGCCACAACAGCUCGGGUAACAGCUCGAUUUAUGAGCUGCCAUCCGCAGAUUUGACAGAGCUCGCCAGAAAGGGCAUUAUUAAGGUCACCACCGACAGCAAUGGCAGAUUGUCUUACACGACAGAAGUACGACUUCGGUCCAGAAGUGGGGAGUACAGAUGGCAUCUGAUCCGAUGUGUUGAAAUCGGCACCAUGGAUUCGGCUGGCGGCGCAAGUUCAUACUUUGGCUCUGCAACGGAUAUUAAUGACCACAAACUCUUGGAAGCCAAGUUGAAAGAAGCCAUGGAAGCCAAGGGCAGAUUCCUGAGCAACAUGUCUCACGAAAUCCGUACUCCUCUUAUUGGCAUUUCAGGCAUGGUCAGCUUCCUUCAAGAUACCGUAUUGAAUGAAGAGCAGCGCGAUUACACCAACACUAUUCAAACAAGUGCAAAUAGUCUUAUUAUGAUUAUUAACGACAUCUUGGAUCUGUCUAAGGUUGACGCUGGCAUGAUGAAACUGAAGUUUGAGUGGUUCCAUACUCGCUCGCUCAUCGAGGAUGUCAAUGAAUUGGUGUCAACAAUGGCCAUUGCCAAGGGCUUGGAGCUCAAUUAUCUUGUCGAGGCAGAUGUUCCAGCAUGGGUUAAGGGAGACAAAGUCCGCAUACGACAAGUCCUCCUCAAUGUCAUCGGCAACGCAAUCAAAUUCACUUCAGAGGGUGAGGUGUUCAGUAGAUGCAAGGUCUAUCAUCAAGAAGAUCCGUCUUCAGAUGAGGAUCACAUCAUGCUCGAAUAUUCCAUCAUUGACACUGGCCAGGGGUUCACCGAGAAGGAAGCCGAGCUGAUAUUCAAACCUUUCAGCCAGAUUGAUGGCAGUAGUACCAGACAACAUGGGGGAAGUGGUCUUGGUCUUGUCAUAUCUAAGCAAUUGGUUGAACUCCACGGAGGCAAUAUGGCGGGAACCGCCGUUCCCGGAAAAGGGUCAACUUUCAUUUUCACGGCAUGUUUUGGGCUCCCUACUGCUGAUGAUCAUCCUGAUCUUCCGGGAAGUCCUUCAUCGUACUCUGUAACCACCCGCCCACCAUCUUCGAGCGGCGUACCCGGUAAUCUGCCAUCGCUCCCACCCCCAAAGCAAGACUCUGCCACCGAAGCAACAAGUGCAGUCCGCGGAGACCUGGAUUCCAUAUCCCCAGAGCUAGGAUCGAAUGGUAGUUCCAACCUGUCCACGGAGUCGGCCAGGUCCCGCCACACAGACCGGUCCUCUGCCACAUCCAUCAACACAGGUCUAGUCCGUUUCAGCGAAGCGGCCAAAGCGAGUGGGCAAGACCUGUCUCAGAUGAAGCUAGAGAUGCCCUCGGGUAACAGUUCUCCAGCUCGAACGGCAACUCCCGAUAACCCCAAUCAAGGCUCAUUGGAAGACUUCCGCCCACCAAUGUACUCUAUUCUCAUCAUCUGCCCACAGGUUUAUAGCCGUGAGGCAACCACGCGGCAUAUAGAGAUGACACUGCCAAAGGACGUACCCCAUCAAAUCACGGGGCUGGGGUCUGCAGAGGAAGCCCACGAGCUUAUCGGGGGCGAAGAUCCCAUAAACUUCACACACAUUGUGAUUAAUCUGGGUUCGGCAGGAGCAGUUGUGGACCUCCUCGGCCAGGUGACCAAGUCUCAGAAGAUUGAGAACACCACCAUUCUGAUUUUGUCCGAUUCCGUUCAGAGACAGGCUGUCACGAAACUCGCCGCCAAUACACCAUUCGAGCGGCUUCUUACGAAGAAUCUCGUGACCUUCAUAUAUAAGCCGGUCAAGCCAUCCCGAUUUGCAGUUAUCUUCGAUCCUGACAAAAUGCGGGAUGUCAGUAUUGAUCGAAACCGCUCAACAGCACAGAAGAUGGUCGAGAGCCAGAAGGCAAGCUAUUUGGAGAUCGAAAAGAGAAUGGGCAACAAGGGUUAUAGGGUCCUUUUGGUGGAAGAUAACCCUGUUAACCAGAAGGUACUGAUGAAGUACCUGAAAAAGAUCGGAGUCGACGUAGACGUUGCAGUAGAUGGCGUCGAAUGUAUCGAAAUGGUCAUGUCUCGCCCCCAGAGACAUUACUCCCUAAUUUUGUGUGAUUUACAUAUGCCGCGAAAAGAUGGGUAUCAAGCUUGUCGCGAGAUUCGACACUGGGAGAAAGAAGCCGGCGUCCCCAGUAUGCCCAUCAUUGCACUCUCUGCCAAUGUCAUGUCCGAUGUGCAGGAUAAGUGCAUAGCGGCUGGUUUCAGCGACUACGUGACGAAGCCUGUUGAUUUCAUUGACCUGAGUCGAGCCAUGGCCAAGUUCUUCUAA